AUGACGCGCGCGCAGCUCGCGUGCGCGCGCGCGGGGUGCGUGGUGUGUCGACGCGCGGUGUUCGCGACGGCGGGCGUCGCGAACGCGCCGAACGCGCGGCCGGAGGCGUGCGCGCGCGCGCGGGACGGCGGCGAGCGAAGGAAAAGGAUCGGACUGUACGACGCGCGACGCGCGCGCGUGCUGGCGGUCGGCGACGGGGACUUCACGUUCUCGAGGGCGGUGGCGCGCGCGCUGGGCGGCGCGGGGGUGACGGCGACGUCGCACGAGACGAGGGCGUCGUUGGAUGCGAUUUACGGGGAACGAGCGAUGGAGGAGACGCUGGGAGAGUUGGAAAGGUUAGGAGCGCGCGUCAUUCACGGCGUGGACGCGGGAAAUUUGGGCGAGACGCUGCCGGAGACGGUGGAGCGGGGGACGUUCGACGCGGCGAUUUGGAACUUUCCGUGCGUGGCGCGAGACGCGGACGGGUCGGCGAGAGAGGCGGCGUUGGGCGGAUUCGACGCGAGGAGCGCGGAGGAACUCGAGGCGAAUCGGGCGUUGGUCGAGCGGUUCGUCGCUGGGGCGAGCGAGUACGUGGUGAGGAAUGGUGGGGAGAUUCACGUCACGCACAAGGUUGGCAUGCAGUGCGAUUGGGGGAUCGAGAGCGCGGCGGCGACGACGGCGCCGGGCGUUGUUUGUGCCGGAGCGGUUGUUUUUGAUCGAAUGUCGUACCCGGGGUACCGUCCGAUGAAGGCUCUCGUCGCGAAGAGUUUUCCCGUCACGGAUGCGCGCACGUUUGUGUUCACGAACGCCGAGGAUGGCGCGUCGAUUACACUCGCCGAAAAAUCCAAGUUGGUGAGCAGAGUUAAUACGCAAUAG